GGGCUAGAACACAGUGUUUCUAAACCUGUCUUUGAUUACCUAAGGAGUUCAUUUACAUUUACAUUUUCGAACCUGUUUCAUCAUCCUUUGGCCAAAAGUCUCGUCUUCCCGCAGGACGUGGAACGUAACGCAACACACGGUUUAUCAGUUCCACUCCGCAUUAAAGCACCCCUAGUGCAAAUGUUUAAGCUCAUGUUUUUCAGGACUGUUUAUGAUCUGUGACCGUGAUGUUUUGUUGUUCCGCGAACCAAUGUAUAAGUCUCGGACUUUUACGUUGGAGGUCUCUGGCAUCGUGUCCAAAGAACCUCCAAGACUCUUCCUUGCUGAUUCUGAAGGCGUUCUCGACCUCUCCCUGCGCUUCAACCAAGAAAGAGGUGAGCAAGCCCUUGAAACAGUGGACUCUUGUUGUUAACCCCUUCAGCAAAGUACGGGUUCAACUCCAAUGUAACAUCUCCAUACGACCUCUGGACCCGCACGCUUUCCCCGAGGCGAACCGGGCCUUCAUCACCAUUCAUGGCACCAGCGCAGAUCAAGCCGUCCAACUAGACAACUUCCAGGUGCAGUACGAUGACCAAAACAAGGAACUUUACAUCUUGUCCGAGGUCAACAACAGCAACGUGUCAGUGGAGCUGACCGCUCCCAUUAAAAGUGACCUUUACAUCACCACUCAAGGAGAGGGCAACGUGCAUGUCCAGAAGAUGGAGUGUGAUACCUGUAGGGUGCAGACAGAGAGGGGGAACUGCGUGCUGCACUCAGUCAAGGGUCACCACGUGCAGGUCCAGUCCCAGGGAGGCAACGUCACUGGGGUGGGAACCAUCCAUGGCAACGUGGACAUCAGCACCUCUGGACACAGUGCGGUGGAUGUGAAGAAGAUCCAGGGUACUACUAUGAACGUGUCAACAGAACAUGGCCCUCUGAAGGUGAAAGCCAUCUACGCUGAGUCCACCUCCAUAUCAUCCUCUUCAGGGAGGAUACAGCUGGGACACGUACACGGCGAUGCCACAGUGCGGAAUGAGACUGGAGAUAUAAUUGUAGAUGGUUCUAAUAAUGGCUACCUGAAGGUAUUGUCAAACAGUGGAAACAUUGAUGCAUAUGUAGGAGACAGUGGCAGCGCACAACUCCACUCUCAGCAAGGUGCAGUGUCUGUGCGUGUCCCCUCCUCUAUAAGAGCAGGAGUGCAGAUGUGUGGAACGUCAGUAGAGAUCAGCCAAGAGAUAGUCCUUCACCAAGCAGAGAGAGAUUCCAAAGAUGGCAUGACCACUGUCACCGGCCAUAUGAAUGGGCAGCCCCAGGGUGACCAGUGGAUCAGGGCCCAGGCAGACAGAGGCUCCAUCAGCCUGAAGACACAGAGCUGGUUUGAGUCUCUGAAGCUGGGCAGCUGAGGCUUCACUCCUACGCCUAGGCCCCGUUCCAACACUUCCAAAAAUGUCCUUCCUACCUCAUGUCUACCUAUUGUACUAAGUCCUCAGGGACAAGAAGUGUAGACAUAACCGUCCUUUCUUUAUGUUGAUAGUCACUAUCCCACUGACUGUGACUGUUGGGCAGAGUCCAACCACAUAGUUGUCUUUCUCUAUGUUACUGCUAAGCUGACAUAGGAGAGUGAAAAGAAGAGAGAAAGUUGCCAAAGUGGAACUGAGAGACAGAGAUCAGUGAUACGAUUAACUGAAUUGCCCUCUGGGAGUCUUGACACAUGCAGACGGAGAACUCCAUGAGAGCAGAUUUAAACAAAAUAAAAUAUAAUGGAUGAAGUUAAAGGCAAUGCUACAGAUGUGAUAACGGCUACUAGGCUAUAUUACGUGUCUAAAUACAGUUGCAAAACAUGAUCACGGUUAGUAGAGGUAACUCAGUCAAUAUGUUUCUGCUUUGGCCAACUGUUUUCAUGAGAUGGCUCUAGAAAAUAUAGUGGCAGCCAGGCUAGUUCAGUCAUUGGCUGUUUCCAAAUACCCGCGCUUGAUUUUUAAAUAGUAUGCAUUUUGGGUAGGCGAAAAUAGAACGUUUUAUAGUAUGUGAAAUUUAAAUGUUUUAGCUUUCUUUAAAUUUCAGGAUGUAUACUCAUUUUGGCUUUUCAUCUAGUAGAGUUCAUUGCACACUAUUGAGGAAGAGAUUUGUCUUGUUUAUGUUAUGACAAACCAGGAGAACCUCACUCUUAAGACUUUCUGACUGAAGGAUUGAAACUGCAAAAUGUACAAAAUGUUUUUAGAUGCUUGGUAAAAGAAUGUGACCAGUGUUUGUUUGUUGUUGCCUUUAUUCUAAGCUAUCCAUGGGGGUUGUAUUUAUUGUGAAUAAAAAAAAAACGGGGAAAAGUCAAAUAAUAUUGAGGCAAUUUUGCUUUUUGAUUAAUAUUAUUUCAAUGCAAAAAAUAUUUGCUGUAUGAUGUAAUAUAUGAAAUUCAAUCUGUCCUGUGUUGUAAUGCAUAUAAGAAAUCUAUAUCCUUUCUCCCACUCAGUUGAAAUGGUUUGAUACAAAAGCUUUACAUAAAUGUAUAUACUGCAUUGAUGUUCUGAUAUAAAUUCAAAAAUAUUUCCUAGCCUAAAAA